AUGGAAAGUGGAAGACACAGAUCACCAUAUUAUCGAGAUAAUCUUAAUUUAUCAUCCCAUCAAUACAUUGAAGGUGUUGAUUCCAAUCCUGAGAUACAUGAUCGUCAAAGACCAGCUAGUGUACAAGAUUUAGAAUAUGGAGAAAUGUAUGAUUCCGGUAUACAACCACACUCAACAUCACCACGACUGAAUAAUCCAUACAUUGAUCCGUUAAUUGAGGGUGAUACAAGUGGGAUCGAUCAUCGUACAACAUCAUUAGAUCGUCGUGGUGAAUAUUAUGGUACACUGAGAGGAAAUUUUGAUUCACAAAGUGAACGAUUGACAAGAAAACCAAUUAAUCGGCAAUCAUAUACAUUGAAAUCACUUAGUUCAAACCCAGGAUUAUCCGGCAUAUUAGGUUCAACAAACCCAUCAUCAGGUCGAAGAGCACAUUCGUAUGAUAUGAAUUUGGAAAAACAAGGUCUGACAGAUUAUAAUAGUUUAUUAGCUGCCGCUGCUGUUGGUGGUGUCGGGGCUGUUGGUAUUGGUACAAAUCCACCGAUUUAUGGUUAUCCUACUAAUCCACUACUAGAUUACAGUAGUACUUUAGGCGUACCAACAUUUCCAACUAUUGGUGGUCUUGACUAUGCAACAUUACAAAGAUCUGGCGUUUAUUCAGGUCUACCACAAACACAACCAACAUCAAUACCAGCUGGUUUAAUUCCACAUAAUCCAACUACAGAUAUUACUACACUACAAAGAGAAUAUGUACGACUACAACAUGAAUUACAUGUAACUAGAGAGAAAUUAAAUGCCUGUACAAUUAGCAUACGUACAUUUUGGAGUCCUGAAUUGAAGCGUGAGCGAGCAAUGCGUAAAGAAGAGAAUGCAAAAUAUGCUAUAUUAGCUGAUCACUUACAUCAAUUACAAUUGGAAAAACAAACAAUGUUAGAAACAUUGCAUAAUAUGGAAUCAGAUUUACGUCAAGAACGUGAUAAACGAAAUCGUAGCCGUUUCAGUGGUGGUGCAAGUGAUUCAGAUGGUUUAAGUGAAUUAGACUUAGCCAAACGUCAAAUAGAUGAAUUAACAUUAGAGAAUCGUCAACUUAAAAAAUCUAUUGAAGAUGCUGAUAGACGUAUAGCUAAUUUAAAAUCUAGUCUAAAUGCUACAGAGGAAAGUUUACGUCGAUUAGUUGACGCAGUUAAAGCUGGUAAAUCAUCGAAUAUCAAUCCAGAAACUACAACAACUACUAAUUUAACUACUGGAGAUGGAUUAACUUCAGUCGGUGAUCAAAGUGCUAUCUCAUCUAUAAAAUUAGAUCGAAUUGAAGCAGAUAGAUUGGAAAUUUCUCGUUUAAGAAAUCAAUUAAAUGAAACAUCAACUAGAAGAAGUGAAGCAGAACGUCAACUAAUUGAAAGAAAUUUUGAAUUAUCAAGAAUAAAAGAAGAUUUUGAUGCACUUUUACAAGAACAUCGACAACUUAGACAAGAAUGUGAAACACUUCGACAUGAUACAAGACAAACUCAAACAUUACAAUCAUUGGUUGAUACAAAAGAAUCGAAAAUUUUAACUUUGGAAAAUGAAAUACGUCUUUUAGAAGAUGAAAUUACUCGUCUUCGAGAUGAUGGUCUAAUUACUCCAAAUACAUCAACUAGCAGUGGGAUUGAUGAUUUAGAUAAAACUUUACAAGUAUUUCGAAGUAACGAACGUAUUCUGAAAUCUAAAAUUGAAAUGUUAAAUAGUGAAAUUUCAAAACGUGAAUGUGAAUUAUACACAUUACAAUCACGUUUAGAAAUGACUGAUAAACAACAUCAAGAUCAAAAUCAUCAUAUUAAUGUAUUAAAAGAACAAGUGAAUACACGUGAACAUAAAAUCUCCAUGUUAACAGCUGAUGCAGAAGAUUUUCGUAAAAGAAUUAAAGAGAAAGAAAAUCUUUUAGAAAAGAAAUCAAAAGCAUUGAAUAGUGCACAAUCAGCUAAACGACAAACUGAACAAGAAUUAACCGAACUUAAAGAUCAAAUGGAUAUAAAAGAUAGAAAAAUAUCCUUAUUACAGAAAAAGAUUGAAAAUAUAGAAGAUUUACUUAAUGAUAAAGAAACACAAUUAGCAACAGCUCAAGCUCGUCUUUCACGUAUUAGUACAGAACGUGUCAGUUCAGAUGGUGGACGUAUUGGAUGGGAGGAAACAUUAAAAGAUAAAGAUCGACAAAUUGAACGUUUAAAAGAAGCUCGUCAACGUAGUGAAUCAGAAAUUGUUGAAGAAUUAGAAACACAAAAACGUUUAAAUAAUGAAUUUAAAAAUCGUUUAGAUAUUUUACAAAAAGAAUUAGAUGAGAAAACAACACAAUUAAUGGAAAUACGCGAUGAAACAAAUGAUUAUAGAACAUCAAGAUUUAAAUUAGAAACAGAAAUUAAUCAAUUACAAACACAAUUAAGUCAAAGAAAUUCAGAAGUGACCACUUUACAAAUGGAGAAACAAUUAUUACAAAAACAAAUAACCACUGAAUCUGAUAUGAAAUUUUUACAAAGAACAGCAGAAUUAGAAGGACAAUUAAAUCAUUAUAUGGAAAAUUCAUCUAAACUUCAAACAGAAGUAGAUCGUUUAUUAAGAACAAUUGAUACAGAAAAAUUUGAUAAAGAAAAUCAAUUAAAUGAAUUGAAAGAAGAACUUCGUGAAGCACAAAAUAAUUUGAAUAAUUUAAAACGUAGUCAACAAAAUGAACGAAAAAAAUCAAGUCAACAACUUGAAGAGUCAAGACAACGUGAAGAGAAUGCACAAUCUGAUAAUGAAAUAUUAAAGGGUAUUAUAACAGAGAAAGAUGGAAGAAUUCGUGAAUUAGAACAAGCUUUGCGCGAAAGUGUACGUUUAACAGCGGAACGUGAAAUUUACGCUUCCGGUCGUGAUGAUGAAACAAGACAUUUAGAGCAACAGGUACGUGAAUUACGAAGUAAUCUGGAACAUUUUCAACGUGAAAGAAAUAAUCUCUCAGCUCAGUUAGCUUCAGCACAAGAAGAAUUAACUGAUCGUGAAAAUCAACUUAAAACUUUAGAACAAGAAUGUUUCCAGAAUUAUUUACCUGAAUUGGAAAAAUUGCGACGUUCAAAUCAUGAAGCCAAUUUACGUGUAGCAGCUAUGAUUAAACUGACACAAGGACGUGAACAUACUUUAACUGAUCAAGAUCGUGCUGCAUUAUCUACCAUUCCUCUCUUCCCGAAUAUAUCACUUCAUGGAACUUGGUCAGGAAUGUCUGGUGGUUUAGAAAAUAUCGGUGCAACAUCUGGUACAGGAAGAUCAGGUUAUUUGGCACCAUAUCAUACAGGUAGUGGUGGAUCAUUAUCUCCACAUUUAGCAGGAAGUGCAUUUCAAUUCAUUGGAAAUACUUCAUCUAGUGCUGGUAUAGGUACAGUUGGUGGUAGGGCAUCAGUACCUGGUCAACUGAUGUCUAGCCCAGAUGUUAUUAUGUUAUCGAGAAUGUUACAGGAAAAAGAAAACAUGCUUCAACAACAUUUGCAAGAAUUAACUCGAUUAAGAUUUCAAAAUUCUGAACUUGAAAUACGUUUAAAAGCAACACAACGUGAAUUAGAUACAAAAUCGGCUAGAUUAAAUAUACUUGAAACUGCUCAUUUGAAUUCAGCUACUGGAAUACAUGAUUUAGGCACAAGAUCACCAUCAAGUAAUCAAUUAUCAAAAGAAUUAGCAAUAUUACGUAAAACAAAUCAAGAAUUAAGUGUAAAGUUUAAUCAAUUACAAAUGGAAUUAGAUGAACGUUCACGUGGUGGAACAUCAACUGUUGGUGCUUACGAUAGACUGAAAUCAUCAGUUGGAUUACAUACAACAGACUUUACAGAAAUGGCUACUUUGAGACGAGAACUUGCUUCUGCUAAAGCUGAACGUGAAGUGGAGGUUGCUAGUUUAAACAGUCAAAUGGAAUUAAUCAAACGAGAACGUGAUGAUUUUAAUGAAAAGUUUAAUGAAACAAAAUCUGAUCUUACAGAGAAAAUUCAUCAGCUACAUACAUUGGAAGCUGAAAAAGAAAAACUUAUUUCAGAAAAAGAUGCUUUACAAAAAAAAUAUGAAUCAGUUUUGAGUCAAUUAAGUGAAAAAUCGGAAAAACUUAAACAACUCGAACAAGAUUGUGCAAAAUCACAUAUUGAAGAAAUAAAAAGAUUAAAUACUGAUCUUGAUGAUUUGAAACAUCAUGUUGGUUAUUUACAAAAUACCAUCAAAAACCGUGAAAGCCGUAUUGAAACAACUGAAAAAGAAUCUUUUAAGCUAAGAGAUGAAUUAACUAAUAUACGUAAACAAUUGACAACUGCUGAAGCAGAGGUAAAGAGUUUACGUGAUGAUGCAGUUUAUAGAGAAGAACGAAUUAAGCAAAUACAAAAUCAAUAUACAGAGGAACUGGCACGACUACGUUCUACUAAUCAAGAACAAGUAACACGUAUUGGACAUUUAGAAAUGAAACUAGAUGAGAAAGGACAUCAAUUAAAGAGUCAAACAAGUGAAAUUCGUUGUCAAGCUGAUGAAAUUACUCGUCUACAGUCUACAAUCGAAGAAACCAAUAAUCGAUUAUCAGUUAAUCAGAAACGUGCAGAAGAACGUGAAAUGAGAUUAAGAAAACUUGAAAAUGAAAAUCAUGAUUUAUUAGAUGAAAUUCAUGGUCUACGUAAAGGUAACACAGAGUUGGAGAGUCAAAUUGAUAGUUUAAGACAACGUUUAUUGGAUAGACAAGAAUCAACAGAAUCUGUUACUGGAGUACCAUUAACAUCUACUAGAAUAUAUCAACCAAGUAUGGGAUUGUCUACAACCUCCAGUCAAGAAUUAGACAGAUUACGUAAACAGUAUACUGAAAUGAAAAUAUCUUGUGAACAAGCACAAAAAUCAUUUGAAGAAACUCAAAUACAAUAUGAUCAAAUGAAAACUCAAUAUGAUCAUUUACAAGUACAAUAUGAACAAGAAAACGAAAAAUGUAAAAAAUUAGAAGAACAAUUACGAAAUAAAAUCAAUGAAUUAAAUGAACAAAUUUCUGAUACGCGUACCUCAAGCCAACCUCCUCAUCAGUUGACGUUAAAAAUUGAAGAACUUCAUAAAGAACUGGAACGUAAGGAAGCUCAGAUUACAUGCUUGAAUAAACAGAUAGAUCGUCAAUAUACAUCAUUAUCGACUACACCAGAUGCACGUCAUACUGAUUCCACUAAUCAACAAUUAUUAAUAGCUGAUUUACAAGUUCGUCUUCGUCAAGCUAUUGAAGAUCGUGAUAUUGCACGUGAACAAUUGACAACUAAUUUAGCUAGAGCUGAAACGUCUACACUGGAUAUACAACAACAAUAUAUGUUGGAUAAACAAAAUUUACAACAACAAAUUACAAAUUUAACACAAUCCGUACAAAAUGCUACAAAUGAAUCAGAACGCUAUCAAAGAGAAUUCAAACAAGCUAGUUCACGUGUUCAACAACUUAGUCGUCAAUUACAAGAAACACAAUCAAACUGUGAUUCAAUUGCUCGACAAAGAGAUAGUUUAAGAGAUCAAUUAGAUCAGUUAAAACGUAGUAUGGGACGAACUGGUUCAGGUACAGUAACUAAUAUAUUUGGAAUAAGUAGUUCAACUAGUGGUAUGCGUCCAGCAUCUGCUGGUCCAGGAAGUUAUGAUAAUAUUCCAUUAUAUGGAACAACACCUGGAACAAUUCAACUUUCUAGAGAAAUGGAUCGUUUACAUAGAGAAUGUGAACAUUUACAAAAUCAAUUAAGAACUAGUCAAGAAUCAGAACAACAAGCUCAUAAUUUAGUUGAUAAUUUAAAAAAUGAUAUAAAGAAUCUUACAAAUGAUGUUGAACAAUUCAAAGAACAAAUUAAAGAAUUAGAAAAACAAAAAAAUGAAUGUAACAAUGAAUUAAUCAAGACUCAACGUGAACUUCAAACGAAAUCGGAUGAAGCAAAAGAUAAACUGACCCAUACACAACAACUGUUGAUUGAGAAAACAAGUCAGCUUGAAAAUGCAGUGAAUCAAUUGAACAAUGUACGGCAAUAUUGUUCAGAACUUGAACAACGUAUCAAUGAAAUGUCACAACGAUUAAAUAUUGCAGAAUCACAUACUCAACAACAAGCAGAUGAAUUAAAACGUUGUCAACAACUAGAAUUUGAAUGUAAUCAAUUACGUAAUGAAAUAAAGGCUAGUCGCAAUGAAGUACAACACUUACAAUUACAAUUAGAUCAAUUAAAUAGAGAAUAUCAAAAUCAAGGAAGAAGAAUAGAACAAAUGACUAUUGAAUUAAGUACAUCACAAGCGAAUACAAAUCAAAUGAAACAAGAAUUACAAUUAUAUAAAGAACGUAAUAAAGAACUUGAAUUAAAAAUUACUGAUACACAUGAAACAAUAAAAGAAUCAGAAACUGAAACAUUGAAUAUUUUACGUGCGGAAUUAAAAGAUUCUCAAGUGAUUAAACAACGACUUGAAGAAAGAAUAAAUUCAUUACAAGAAGAUUUAAGGCAUACACAACAAGAAUUAGAUGAAAAAACUAGAGCAUUAGAUGUAUUGGAAAAUACUCAUCUUCGAAAUCAAUCUGAAGAAAUAAUCAAUUUGCAAAAAGAGCUAAGCAAUGCACGUAUCCAAAUUGAAGAGCUUGGAGGUCCUAUCGAACCAGGUUCUAAAUUGAAAGGAUCACCUUUAAAAGUGGAAAUUGAUACAUUGAAAAAAGAAAUUAGUAAACGUGAAGAUGCAAUUAAUCGUAUAGAAAAAGAAUGUCAAGAAAAGCAUAUACAUCGUAUUGAAGCAAUGCAAUCACAAUUACGUCGAUUUGAAGAAGAAACUGCUAAUUUAAAUCAAGUUUUAGAUGAACAAAGAGUUGGAUUAGAAGAAAGAGAUCGUGUUAUUCGACAAUUACGAUCGGAUCAAGCUCAAGGAUCAUUAAUUGAACUUGAGAAAUUAAAAGCUGAACAUAAUGGUUGUAAAGAUAAAAUUGAACAAUUGAACAAACGUAUUGCCACAUUGAAUAAACAAGUUGAAGAUCAAUCUGAUGAAAUUUUAACAAUCAAACUGGAAUCACUUACCGCUUCAUUAUGUGAAAAAGAAGCUAAUAUUGCUUUAAUGGAAUUGACUGCUCCAAAGAAUACAACUUCUAAUCAAGCUUUAGAAAAAUUACGAAUUGAACGGGAUCAAUUACAACAACAACAAAAACAACUUAGUAAUACACGUGCUAUGCUUUUAGAAGAAAAAAUGUCACGUCGAUAA